AUGGCCCAAUUAGCUCUCAAUAUGUUUCCUGGUGUUGCAGUAGUCACUGGUGCAGGUGGAACUGGAAUCGGCGCCGCAACUACAAAAGCCUUCGCUGCAGCUGGCUGUGCGCGAAUCGCUAUCACAGACCUUAAUGAAGAAUCCCUGCAACAAACGGCAAAGGUCAUCACCUCAACAUACCCAGAAGUACGGCUGCUAGUAAUGGCCGGGGACGUGGCAGAUAACCAAUUCGCGGAUGCAUUUAUCAAUGCGGUUGUACAAGAAUUUGGACGAGUGGAUUAUGCCGUAAACUGUGCAGGAGUCCUUGGCAAGCCUAUGCGCUCGGCAGAGAUGUCGCUUGAGGAAUUCGACCGCGUCAAUAACAUCAAUUACCGAGGCUGCUGGCUCUCAUCUCGGGCAGAGCUUAGGCAGAUGGUCACACAAAGUGGACUCCCUAGCCAUGAUUCGAAUCGCCCACCUCAACGCGGUGCUGUGGUAAAUGUUUCCAGUCAACUUGGCAUUGUCAGUCGCCCGGGUGCUCCUGCAUACUGUGCCUCGAAGGCUGCUGUCAUUGGAAUGACACGUGCGGAUGCCAUCGAUUAUUCCAGAGAUGGGAUUCGAGUCAACUGUGUUUGCCCUGGCGUUAUUGAAACGCCACUAGUAAUGGAAAAGCCUGAGGUCCGUGAGGCCAUCAUGCCAGCAGUGGAGACUGCACCAAUGAAGAGAAUGGGUCAGCCGGCAGAAGUCGCUGAUGCUAUUCUUUUCUUGUGUUCAACACAGGCAUCGUUUGUUCAGGGCCAUGCCAUGGUGGUUGAUGGUGGAUAUAUAACUGUCUAG